AUGAAGGUCAUCACCGCGAAUUUCGUGACCUGUGCAGUCAAGGAAUGCAAGACAUCCCUGAGUUCUUUUCCUUUGCACUUUCACGAUGCCGAGCUGGAGAUGCAGGAGCUCGAAUUCCAGCCAGAGUUCAUUCGAAAUGUGAUUCCCCGCAUUGAUUGGGAGGGACUUCGAGUGACAGCGAAUGAGCUCGGAUUUCCUAGUCUACCAGAGUCUAAACCAGAAGGCCAGGCACUCGGUGACGAACAGACCUUGAAAGACCUGCACCGACUGCUGUUAGAAACCCAAGUCAUGGAGGGCAAACUGAUCUGUGGGAACUGUGGGCAUGAGUACGUGAUAAAGGAGGGAAUCGCCAAUUUCCUUCUCCCAAGCCACCUAGUCUGA